UUGGUCUUCCUUCUAAAAACUGCCCCUGUGAUCUUUGUAUUCCUUCAGUGGUUAUUGAAUGCUCCUGGUUUCCGCUUUCCCCAGAACAAGCAACAGCAGAUGCAGGGAACAGAAUGAAAGGCAGGCUUGUCAUCUUCUGCCUCAGCUGCUAAUCUGGGGGCAGUGGACCAAAGGUCUUAAUCAUAUCUAGCACCUUCAAAAUGCAGUAAUUCCCUCAGAUGAGAGCAGGUUGUUUCCCAACAAAAAUCAAGCAACAAAAUUAACGACAAAAAGAUUACAUGGCAGGAAAUCCUAUAGGCAGUAAAUAGUAUGAGAAUCUAAAGACCAGUGAGUGUUAGGCAGGCGUAAUCAAGGAAAGUUUCACAAAGGGGCUUAUAAUUAAAAUAAGUAAUGAAAGGAUAUUCUAUUCCUGGUUUAUUAUAGCACAUAUUAUAAGAGUUACAGAGAACUAGUGGACUAAAGAAAUAGUAGAUUUAAGAGUCAGGGUUCCUCUAGGCGGCGUGGCUCAUGCCUGUAAUCCCAGCAGUUUGGGAGGCUAAGGCAGGUAGAUUGCUUCAGCUCAGGAAUUUGAGACCAGUCUGGGCAAAGUGGCGAAACCCCGUCUCUAAUAAAAACAAAAUUUUGCCAGGUGUGGUGGAGUGCCUGUAGCGCCAGCUAUUUGGGUCUGAGGUGGGAGGAUGGCUUGAGCCAGGGAGGUGGAGGAUGCAGUAGCUGAGAUCACACUCCUGCACUCCAGCCAGGGUGACAGAGUGAGAUCCUGUCUCAAAAAAAAAACAAAAGAAAAAAUCCAUACCUCCUAUUUUUCAUUUGUUUCUUUACAUUCUUUUUUUCUCUCUCUCCAUCUCUUUUAACCGUUUUUCCCUCCUCUGCUAAGAGAGUCUAGUUUCAUUUACUCACACUAAAUGCAAGUAUAAUUUAACUGUAUUGUUCACAUAUAUAUAGCAUAACAUAGUACUUACCAUCCCUGAAUCUUAAAAUUCAAGUUUCUAAGUAGAAAUAGAAAAGUAAAUGGCUCAACACUUACAUCUUCUACUUGCUAGGAAUCCUGCCCUCUGUUCUUUCGGGAAUGAAAGCAAGAAGAGGAGAAACACAUGUUAGAAGAGUUGAAGGAGCAGUUCAAAGAUAGUGGAGACAUUCUGAGGAACCUCAUAGGAAGUUCUCACCUGUGCUCUCAGGGCCCAUGAUAUUACCAGUAUAUGCCAGACACCAUAGUUUCCUUGGAUCUGGUAUCAUACUUACACAGCUGCCAGCUAGUUUGAACUUCUAAGUGCUGCAGUGACUGAAAUUAGAUUAUGCAUUUGUCUAAAUGAGAGCUCCCUCUUCAGCCAGUUCCAUAGUGUCUUCAAGCUAGCUUCUAUGUUUAUGUGCGUGAGUGAAUGAACUCCAAAGGCAAACAUUCAGCAAGGACUUUAUUAUCACAGUCUGAUGCCAAUGCAAGUUACUUAAGAGCAGCUCGAGCUGGACACCUUGAAAAGGCCCUCGACUACAUAAAAAAUGGAGUUGACAUCAACAUUUGCAAUCAGAAUGGGUUGAAUGCUCUCCAUCUUGCUUCCAAAGAAGGCCAUGUAGAAGUUGUUUCUGAGCUGCUACAGAGAGAAGCCAAUGUGGACGCAGCUACGAAGAAAGGAAACACAGCAUUGCACAUCGCAUCCUUGGCUGGACAAGCAGAGGUAGUAAAAGUCUUGGUUACAAAUGGAGCCAAUGUCAAUGCACAAUCUCAGAAUGGUUUCACGCCAUUGUAUAUGGCAGCCCAGGAAAAUCACCUGGAAGUUGUCAAGUUUCUUCUUGACAAUGGUGCAAGCCAGAGCCUAGCCACAGAGGAUGGCUUCACACCAUUGGCAGUGGCUUUGCAACAAGGUCAUGACCAAGUCGUUUCGCUCCUGCUAGAGAAUGACACCAAAGGAAAAGUGCGUCUCCCAGCUCUUCAUAUCGCGGCCCGAAAAGACGACACAAAAGCCGCUGCCCUGCUGCUGCAGAAUGACAACAAUGCGGAUGUGGAAUCCAAGAUGGUGGUGAAUAGAACAACAGAGAGUGGCUUCACUCCGCUCCACAUAGCUGCUCACUAUGGAAAUAUCAAUGUAGCCACGUUGCUGUUAAACCGAGCGGCUGCUGUGGACUUCACUGCAAGGAAUGACAUCACUCCUUUACAUGUUGCAUCAAAAAGAGGAAAUGCAAAUAUGGUAAAACUAUUGCUUGAUCGAGGAGCUAAAAUUGAUGCCAAAACCAGGGAUGGUCUGACACCACUGCACUGUGGAGCAAGGAGUGGUCAUGAGCAGGUGGUAGAAAUGCUGCUUGAUCGAGCUGCCCCCAUUCUUUCAAAAACCAAGAAUGGAUUGUCUCCAUUGCACAUGGCCACACAAGGGGAUCAUUUAAACUGCGUCCAGCUUCUCCUCCAGCAUAAUGUACCCGUGGACGAUGUCACCAAUGACUACCUGACUGCCCUACACGUGGCUGCCCACUGUGGCCAUUACAAGGUCGCCAAGGUUCUCUUGGAUAAGAAAGCUAACCCCAAUGCCAAAGCCUUGAAUGGCUUUACCCCUCUUCAUAUUGCCUGCAAGAAGAAUCGAAUUAAAGUAAUGGAACUCCUUCUGAAACAUGGUGCAUCCAUCCAAGCUGUAACCGAGUCGGGCCUUACCCCAAUCCAUGUUGCUGCCUUCAUGGGGCAUGUAAAUAUUGUAUCACAACUAAUGCAUCAUGGAGCCUCACCAAACACCACCAAUGUGAGAGGAGAAACAGCACUGCACAUGGCGGCUCGCUCUGGCCAAGCUGAAGUUGUGCGGUAUCUGGUACAAGACGGAGCUCAGGUAGAAGCUAAAGCUAAGGAUGACCAAACCCCACUCCACAUUUCAGCCCGACUGGGGAAAGCAGACAUAGUCCAACAGCUGUUGCAACAAGGUGCAUCUCCAAAUGCAGCCACAACUUCUGGGUACACCCCACUUCACCUUUCCGCCCGAGAGGGGCAUGAGGAUGUUGCUGCCUUCCUUUUGGAUCAUGGAGCAUCUUUAUCUAUAACAACGAAGAAAGGAUUUACUCCUCUUCAUGUGGCAGCAAAAUAUGGAAAGCUUGAAGUCGCCAAUCUCCUGCUACAGAAAAGUGCAUCUCCAGAUGCUGCUGGGAAGAGCGGGCUAACCCCACUGCAUGUAGCUGCACAUUACGAUAAUCAGAAAGUGGCCCUUCUGCUUUUGGACCAAGGAGCCUCACCUCACGCAGCCGCAAAGAAUGGUUAUACGCCACUGCACAUUGCUGCCAAAAAGAACCAGAUGGACAUAGCAACAACUCUGCUGGAAUAUGGUGCUGAUGCCAACGCAGUUACCCGGCAAGGAAUUGCUUCCGUCCAUCUCGCAGCGCAGGAAGGACACGUGGACAUGGUGUCGCUGCUCCUCGGUAGAAAUGCGAAUGUGAACCUGAGCAAUAAGAGUGGCCUGACCCCACUUCAUUUGGCUGCUCAAGAAGAUAGAGUGAAUGUGGCAGAAGUCCUUGUAAACCAAGGAGCUCAUGUGGACGCCCAGACGAAGAUGGGAUACACACCCCUGCAUGUGGGCUGCCACUAUGGAAAUAUCAAGAUUGUUAAUUUCCUGCUCCAGCAUUCUGCAAAAGUUAAUGCCAAAACAAAGAAUGGGUAUACGCCAUUACAUCAAGCAGCACAGCAGGGACAUACGCAUAUAAUAAACGUCUUACUUCAGAACAAUGCCUCCCCCAAUGAACUCACCGUGAAUGGGAAUACUGCCCUUGGCAUUGCCCGGCGCCUUGGCUACAUCUCAGUAGUGGACACCCUGAAGGUAGUGACCGAAGAGACCAUGACCACAACUACUGUCACAGAGAAGCACAAAAUGAAUGUUCCAGAAACGAUGAAUGAAGUUCUUGAUAUGUCUGAUGAUGAAGUUCGUAAAGCCAAUGCCCCUGAAAUGCUCAGUGAUGGCGAAUAUAUCUCAGAUGUUGAAGAAGGUAAUAGAUGCACAAGGUACAAAAUUCCCAAGGUGCAAGAAUUUACAGUGAAAAGUGAAGAUGCAAUGACGGGGGACACAGACAAGUAUCUUGGGCCACAGGACCUUAAGGAACUGGGUGAUGAUUCCCUGCCUGCUGAGGGUUACAUGGGCUUUAGUCUCGGAGCACGUUCUGCCAGCCUCCGCUCCUUCAGUUCGGAUAGGUCUUACACCUUGAACAGAAGCUCCUAUGCACGGGACAGCAUGAUGAUUGAAGAACUCCUUGUGCCAUCCAAAGAGCAGCAUUUAACAUUCACAAGGGAAUUUGAUUCAGAUUCUCUUAGACAUUACAGCUGGGCUGCCGACACCUUAGACAAUGUCAAUCUUGUUUCAAGCCCCAUUCAUUCUGGCUAUUCUUCUCCACUUCCUCAGUAUGAUUCAAGGUUUCUGGUUAGCUUUAUGGUGGAUGCGAGAGGGGGCUCCAUGAGAGGAAGCCGUCACCACGGGAUGAGAAUCAUCAUUCCACCACGCAAGUGUACGGCCCCCACUCGAAUCACCUGCCGUUUGGUAAAGAGACAUAAACUGGCCAACCCACCCCCCAUGGUGGAAGGAGAGGGAUUAGCCAGUAGGCUGGUAGAAAUGGGUCCUGCAGGGGCACAAUUUUUAGGUAAACUGCAUCUUCCUACCAAUCCUCCCCCUGUAAAUGAGGGUGAGAGCUUGGUUAGCCGAAUCCUGCAGCUGGGGCCUCAAGGAACAAAAUUUAUUGGCCCUGUCAUAGUGGAAAUCCCUCACUUUGGGUCCAUGAGAGGAAAAGAGAGAGAACUCAUUGUUCUUCGAAGUGAAAAUGGUGAAACUUGGAAGGAGCAUCAAUUUGACAGCAAAAAUGAAGAUUUAACUGAGUUACUUAAUGGCAUGGAUGAAGAACUUGAUAGCCCAGAAGAGUUAGGGAAAAAGCGUAUCUGCAGGAUCAUCACGAAAGAUUUCCCACAGUAUUUUGCUGUUGUUUCACGGAUUAAACAGGAAAGCAACCAGAUUGGUCCUGAAGGUGGAAUUCUGAGCAGCACCACAGUGCCCCUUGUUCAAGCAUCUUUCCCAGAGGGUGCCCUAACUAAAAGAAUUCGAGUGGGCCUCCAGGCCCAGCCUGUUCCAGAUGAAAUUGUGAAAAAGAUCCUUGGAAACAAAGCAACAUUUAGCCCAAUUGUCACUGUGGAACCAAGAAGAAGGAAAUUCCAUAAACCAAUCACAAUGACCAUUCCGGUGCCCCCGCCCUCAGGAGAAGGUGUAUCCAAUGGAUACAAAGGGGACACCACACCCAAUCUUCGUCUUCUCUGUAGCAUUACAGGGGGCACUUCGCCUGCUCAGUGGGAAGACAUCACAGGAACAACUCCUUUGACGUUUAUAAAAGAUUGUGUGUCUUUUACAACCAAUGUUUCAGCCAGAUUUUGGCUUGCAGACUGCCAUCAAGUUUUAGAAACUGUGGGGUUAGCCACACAACUAUACAGAGAAUUGAUAUGUGUUCCAUAUAUGGCCAAGUUUGUUGUUUUUGCCAAAAUGAAUGAUCCUGUAGAAUCUUCCUUAAGAUGUUUCUGCAUGACAGAUGACAAAGUGGACAAAACUUUAGAGCAGCAAGAGAAUUUUGAGGAAGUCGCAAGAAGCAAAGAUAUUGAGGUUCUGGAAGGAAAACCUAUUUAUGUUGAUUGUUAUGGAAAUUUGGCCCCACUUACCAAAGGAGGACAGCAACUCGUUUUUAACUUUUAUGCUUUCAAAGAAAAUAGACUGCCAUUUUCCAUCAAGAUUAGAGACACCAGCCAAGAGCCCUGUGGUCGUCUGUCCUUUCUGAAAGAACCAAAGACAACAAAAGGACUGCCUCAAACAGCUGUUUGCAACUUAAAUAUCACUCUGCCAGCACAUAAAAAGGAGACAGAGUCAGAUCAAGAUGAUGAGAUUGAGAAAACAGACAGACGACAGAGCUUCGCAUCCUUAGCUUUACGUAAGCGCUACAGCUACUUGACUGAGCCUGGAAUGAAAACAGUUGAACGGAGCACAGGAGCAACAAGAUCCCUCCCCACCACUUACUCAUACAAGCCAUUCUUUUCUACAAGACCAUACCAGUCCUGGACAACAGCUCCGAUUACAGUGCCCGGGCCAGCCAAGUCAGGCUUCACUUCCUUAUCAAGUUCUUCCUCUAAUACACCAUCAGCUUCUCCGUUAAAAUCAAUAUGGUCUGUUUCGACUCCUUCUCCAAUCAAAUCCACAUUAGGCGCGUCAACUACAUCUUCAGUUAAAUCCAUUAGUGACGUCGCAUCUCCAAUUAGAUCCUUUCGGACAAUGUCUUCGCCGAUAAAAACUGUGGUGUCACAAUCUCCAUACAAUAUCCAAGUUUCCUCUGGUACCCUGGCUAGAGCUCCCGCAGUCACGGAAGCUACGCCCUUAAAAGGGCUGGCAUCCAAUUCUACAUUUUCCUCUCGAACCUCUCCAGUGACUACAGCAGGGUCUCUUUUGGAGAGGUCAUCAAUUACUAUGACACCCCCUGCCUCCCCCAAAUCAAACAUUAAUAUGUAUUCCUCAAGUUUGCCAUUUAAGUCAAUUAUUACAUCAGCAGCACCGCUAAUGUCUUCACCUUUAAAGUCAGUGGUGUCGCCAGUUAAAUCAGCAGUUGAUGCCAUUUCAUCAGCCAAAGUUACAAUGGCAUCUUCCCUCUCAUCACCUGUGAAGCAGAUGCCUGGACAUGCAGAGGUAGCAUUAGUCAACGGAUCUAUUUCCCCCCUAAAAUAUCCAUCAUCUUCCACUUUAAUUAACGGAUGCAAAGCCACUGCCACGUUACAGGAAACAAUUUCUACAGCUACAAACUCUGUGAGCUCUGUGGUCAAUGCAGCCACUGACACAGUUGAGAAGGCGUUUUCUACCACAACUGCAAUGCCAUUUUCCCCACUCAGGUCUUACGUUUCUGCAGCACCAUCAGCUUUUCAGUCACUAAGAACUCCUUCCGCAAGUGCACUCUAUACAUCCCUUGGGUCGUCAAUAUCUGCAACUACCUCAUCUGUAACUUCAUCAAUUAUAACAGUGCCAGUAUACUCUGUAGUCAAUGUUUUGUCAGAACCAGCAUUAAAGAAACUUCCAGACUCUAAUUCAUUUACAAAAUCAGCAGCAGCCUUGCUGUCACCCAUUAAAACAUUGACUACGGAGACACGUCCUCAGCCUCAUUUCAAUCGAACUUCAUCUCCAGUUAAGUCAUCUUUGUUCCUUGCACCCUCUGCCCUUAAGUUGUCUACACCAUCUUCUUUAUCUUCCAGUCAGGAGAUACUAAAAGACGUGGCGGAAAUGAAAGAGGACCUAAUGCGGAUGACCGCAAUACUGCAGACAGAUGUGCCUGAGGAGAAGCCAUUCCAACCGGAACUCCCGAAAGAAGGGAGAAUUGAUGACGAAGAACCUUUCAAAAUUGUUGAGAAAGUAAAGGAAGACUUAGUGAAAGUUAGUGAAAUCCUUAAAAAGGAUGUGUGUGUAGAUAAUAAAGGAUCACCCAAAUCACCAAAGAGUGACAAAGGACACUCUCCCGAAGAUGACUGGACAGAAUUUAGUUCUGAAGAAAUCCGAGAAGCAAGACAACAAGCUGCCGCCAGCCAUUCUCCAACUCUGCCUGAGAGAGUGCAAGUAAAAGCAAAGGCCGCCUCCGAAAAGGAUUAUAACUUGACCAAAGUUAUUGAUUACCUAACAAAUGAUAUUGGGAGUAGUUCACUGACAAACUUAAAAUACAAGUUUGAGGAUGCAAAGAAGGAUGGUGAGGAGAGACAGAAAAGAGUCUUAAAACCAGCAAUUGCUUUGCAGGAACACAAACUCAAAAUGCCUCCAGCCUCCAUGAGGCCUUCCACCUCUGAGAAAGAAUUGUGUAAAAUGGCUGAUUCCUUUUUUGGAACAGAUACUAUUUUAGAGUCUCCCGAUGACUUUUCUCAACAUGACCAAGAUAAAAGUCCCUUGUCUGACAGUGGCUUUGAAACAAGAAGUGAAAAGACACCUUCUGCCCCGCAAAGCGCUGAAAGCACGGGUCCUAAACCACUUUUUCAUGAAGUUCCCAUCCCUCCUGUCAUUACAGAAACAAGAACUGAAGUGGUUCACGUCAUCCGGAGCUAUGAGCCCUCAGCUGGGGAUGUUCCCCAGACCCAGCCAGAGGAGCCUGUGUCACCUAAACCUUCACCUACAUUUAUGGAAUUGGAACCAAAGCCCACCACCUCUAGUAUUAAAGAAAAAGUUAAGGCAUUUCAGAUGAAAGCCAGUAGCGAAGAAGAUGACCACAAUAGGGUUUUAAGCAAAGGCAUGCGUGUUAAAGAAGAGACUCACAUAACCACAACCACCAGAAUGGUUUAUCAUUCUCCACCAGGCGGUGAAGGUACAUCUGAAAGGAUUGAAGAAACCAUGUCAGUCCAUGACAUCAUGAAGGCCUUUCAGUCCGGGCGAGAUCCUUCCAAAGAACUGGCAGGGCUGUUUGAACAUAAGUCGGCAGUGCCUCCAGAUGUUCACAAGUCUGCUGCUGAAACCUCAGCCCAGCAUGCAGAGAAGGACAACCAAAUGAAACCCAAACUGGAGCGUAUAAUAGAAGUCCACAUCGAAAAAGGUAACCAAGCUGAGCCCACUGAAGUCAUUAUUAGAGAAACCAAAAAGCAUCCAGAAAAAGAAAUGUAUGUGUAUCAGAAAGACUUAUCCCGGGGAGAUAUUAACCUAAAAGAUUUUCUGCCAGAAAAACACGAUGCUUUUCCUUGUUCAGAGGAACAGGGUCAGCAAGAAGAAGAAGAACUUACUGCUGAAGAGUCAUUGCCUUCUUAUCUGGAGUCUUCCAGAGUAAACACUCCUGUGUCCCAAGAAGAAGAUAGCCGCCCUAGUUCUGCUCAACUCAUAUCUGAUGACUCUUAUAAAACAUUGAAGCUUUUGAGUCAACACUCAAUAGAAUACCAUGACGAUGAGUUGUCAGAACUAAGAGGGGAGUCUUACAGGUUUGCUGAGAAAAUGCUUCUGUCAGAAAAGCUAGAUGUGUCUCAUUCUGAUACUGAGGAGUCGGUUACAGACCAUGCAGGACCCCCUAGCUCAGAGUUACAGGGGUCUGAUAAGCGGUCCAGAGAAAAAGUAGCCACUGCCCCCAAAAAAGAAAUUCUCUCCAAAAUCUAUAAAGAUGUUUCUGAAAAUGGUGUAGGUAAAGUGUCUAAAGAUGAGCAUUUUGAUAAAGUCACAGUGUUGCACUAUUCUGGCAAUGUUAGUAGUCCAAAACAUGCCAUGUGGAUGCGCUUUACUGAGGACAGAUUAGACAGAGGUAGAGAGAAGUUGAUAUAUGAAGAUAGGGUGGACAGGACUGUGAAGGAGGCAGAAGAAAAACUGACUGAAGUGUCACAGUUUUUUCGUGACAAAACUGAAAAGCUAAAUGAUGAACUGCAGUCCCCAGAGAAAAAGGCACGCCCUAAAAAUGGCAAAGAAUAUUCUUCUCAAAGCUCUACCAGUAGCAGCCCUGAGAAAGUACUGCUGACAGAACUGCUGGCAUCCAAUGAUGAAUGGGUUAAGGCAAGACAGCAUGGCCCUGAUGGACAAGGCUUCCCCAAAGCCGAGGAGAAGGCGUCCAGUCUGCCCAGCAGCCCAGAGAAAACGGCUCUCUCCCAACAGACUGAGGACAGCAAGUCCACAGUGGAAGCCAAAGGAAGUAUUUCACAGAGCAAAGCACCAGAUGGGCCCCAGUCUGGAUUCCAGCUCAAACAAUCUAAACUCAGUUCCAUUAGAUUAAAAUUUGAACAAGGCACACACACAAAAAGUAAAGACAUGUCUCAAGAAGACAGAAAGUCCGAUGGCCAGUCCAGAAUCCCAGUUAAAAAAAUACAGGAGAGCAAGCUACCCGUCUACCAAGUUUUUGCUAGAGAAAAACAGCAGAAGGCCAUAGACCUCCCAGAUGAAAGUGUAUCUGUGCAAAAAGAUUUCAUGGUAUUAAAAGCCAAAGAUGAGCAUGCCCAGAGCAACGAAAUUGUUGUAAAUGAUUCUGGCUCUGAUAAUGUGAAAAAACAGAGAACUGAAAUGUCAAGUAAAGCAAUGCCUGACUCUUUUUCUGAGCAGCAGGCUAAAGACUUGGCAUGUCAUAUAACCUCAGAUUUAGCAACUAGGGGACCAUGGGACAAAAAGGUCUUUAGAACAUGGGAGAGUUCGGGAGCCACUAACAAUAAGUGUCAGAAAGAAAAACUUUCGCAUGUACUUGUUCAUGAUGUGAGAGAGAAUCACAUUGGUCACCCUGAGAGUAAAAGUGUUGAUCAAAAGAAUGAAUUUAUGUCUGUGACUGAGAGAGAACACAAAUUGUUAACAAAUGGCUCUCUCUCAGAAAUUAAAGAAAUGACUGUAAAAUCUCCCUCCAAAAAAGUCUUAUAUAGGGAAUAUGUUGUGAAAGAAGGGGACCGUCCAGCUGGAUUGCUUGAUCAGCCUUCCAGGAGGAGCGAGAGCUCAGCUGUGUCACACAUUCCCGUCAGAGUUGCUGAUGAGAGGAGAAUGCUGUCUUCUAAUAUUCCCGAUGGUUUCUGUGAACAGUCGGCAUUUCCAAAACAUGAACUAUCACAAAAGCUGUCCCAGUCAAGCAUGAGUAAAGAGACAGUUGAGACACAGCACUUUAAUUCUAUAGAGGAUGAAAAAGUUACCUAUUCAGAAAUCAGCAAAGUUUCCAAACACCAGAGUUAUGUAGGUUUAUGCCCACCUCUCGAGGAAACUGAAACCUCGCCCACCAAAUCUCCUGAUUCUUUAGAGUUUAGCCCAGGAAGGGAAUCUCCCUCUAGUGAUGUAUUCGACCACAGUCCCAUUGAUGGAUUGGAAAAACUUGCACCACUAGCCCAGACAGAGGGAGGGAAAGAGAUAAAAACUUUGCCCGUUUAUGUCAGUUUUGUACAAGUGGGGAAGCAAUAUGAAAAGGAGAUACAACAAGGAAGUCUAAAAAAAAUCAUAAGUCAGGAAUGUAAGACAGUACAAGAAACCAGGGGGACCUUUUAUACAACCAGACAGCAAAAGCAACCUCCUUCUCCCCAAGGUAGCCCAGAAGAUGAUACUCUAGAGCAAGUGUCCUUUCUAGACAGCUCUGGGAAAAGCCCUUUAACCCCAGAAACACCCAGUUCAGAGGAAGUGAGUUAUGAAUUUACAUCUAAGACACCUGACUCACUCAUAGCUUAUAUACCAGGCAAACCCAGCCCAAUUCCCGAGGUUUCUGAGGAGUCAGAGGAGGAGGAACAGGCCAAGUCAGCCUCCCUAAAGCAGGCUACAGUGGAGGAGAUAGCAGUCAAGCGUGAAAUGCCUAAUGACAUGAGCAAAGACUCUAACCAAAGACCCAAAAGUAACAGAGUUGCCUAUAUUGAAUUUCCCCCUCCUCCACCACUGGAUGCAGACCAGAUUGAGUCAGAUAAGAGGCAUCAUUAUCUCCCAGAAAAAGAGGUUGACAUGAUUGAAGUCAAUCUGCAAGAUGAGCAUGACAAGUACCAGCUGGCUGAACCUGUCAUUAGAGUACAGCCACCUUCACCAGUUCCUCCCGGGGCAGACGUCAGUGAUUCCAGCGAUGAUGAAUCUAUUUAUCAGCCAGUCCCAGUUAAAAAAUACACCUUCAAAUUAAAGGAAGUGGACGACGAACAAAAAGAAAAACCCAAAGCUUCUGCUGAAAAGGCUUCCACCCAGAAAGAACUGGAAAGUAACGGAUCUGGAAAAGAUAACGAAUUUGGCCUUGGCCUUGAUGCACCUCAGAAUGAAACUGCCCAGAAUGGGAACAAUGACCAGUCCAUCACAGAGUGUUCCAUUGCCACCACAGCGGAGUUUUCUCAUGACACGGAUGCCACAGAGAUAGACUCUCUGGAUGGCUAUGACCUGCAAGAUGAAGAUGAUGGCUUGACGGAGAGCGAUUCUAAACUCCCUAGUCAAGCCAUGGAAAUUAAGAAAGAUAUAUGGAACACAGAGGGCAUUCUGAAGCCAGCGGACCGCUCUUUUAGCCAAAGUAAACUUGAAGUUAUCGAGGAGGAAGAAAAGGUGGGACCAGAUGAAGACAAGCCACCUUCUAAAAGUUCUGCAUCUGAAAAGACUCCUGAUAAGACUGAUCAGAAGUCAGGGGCCCAGUUCUUCACACUGGAAGGCAGACAUCCUGACAGAUCAGUGUUUCCUGAUACUUACUUCAGUUACAAAGUAGAUGAAGAGUUUGCCACUCCUUUUAAAACAGUAGCUACCAAAGGUCUAGAUUUUGACCCUUGGUCCAGUAACCGAGGGGAUGAUGAAGUUUUUGACAGUAAAUCACGGGAAGAUGAAACUAAGCCCUUUGGGCUGGCGGUAGAAGACCGCUCUCCAGCAACAACCCCUGAUACAACGCCAGCCAGAACGCCAACUGAUGAAAGUACCCCAACUAGUGAGCCUAACCCCUUCCCAUUUCAUGAAGGAAAAAUGUUUGAGAUGACUCGCAGUGGUGCAAUUGACAUGAGCAAGAGGGAUUUUGUUGAAGAGAGGCUCCAAUUUUUCCAGAUUGGUGAGCAUACUUCUGAAGGGAAGUCAGGGGACCAGGGGGAAGGGGAUAAAAGUAUGGUCACUGCCACACCACAGCCACAGUCAGGGGACACCACUGUAGAAACCAAUCUAGAGAGAAAUGUAGAGACACCUACAGUGGAACCUGACCCCAGCAGCCCGACCAGCGGAGAGUGUCAGGAAGGCACAUCCAGUAGUGGCCCCCUGGAGAAAUCAGCAGCAGCCACUAACACCUCUAAAGUUGACCCCAAGUUGCGCACGCCUAUAAAAAUGGGAAUUUCUGCAUCCACCAUGACCAUGAAGAAAGAAGGCCCUGGAGAAAUAACAGAUAAGAUAGAAGCUGUGAUGACCAGUUGUCAGGGAUUAGAAAAUGAAACUAUAACAGUGAUUUCAAAUGCAGCCAAUAGCCAGACGGGCAUUAGGCCCCAUGAAAAACAUGAUUUUCAGAAAGAUAACUUUAAUAACAACAACAAUUUGGAUUCUUCCACUAUACAGACAGAUAACAUGAUAAGUAAUAUAGCUCUGACAGAACAUUCUGCACCCACUUGUACCACAGAGAAAGAUAACCCAGUGAAAGUCUCAUCAGGAAAAAAGACAGGGGUACUACAAGGACACUGUCUAAGGGAUAAGCAGAAAGUUCUUGGAGAGCAGCAAAAAACAAAGGAAUUGAUAGGGAUUAGGCAAAAAUCCAAACUUCCCAUAAAGGCCACUUCACCAAAAGAUACCUUCCCACCGAACCAUUUGCCAAACAUUAAAGCAAGUAAAACGAAGCAGGUUAGUCAAUCCGAGAAAACCAAAGGCCUUACUACUUCUUCAUGUGUAGACGUAAAGUCCAGAAUUCCAGUGAAAAACACACACAGGGAUAACAUAGUCGCAGUUAGAAAAGCACGUGCCACACAAAAGCAAGGGCAGCCAGAGAAAGGCAAGGCCAAACAGCUUCCAUCCAAGUUGCCAGUAAAGGUAAGACCCACCUGUGUCACUACCACUACCACCUCCACCUCCACCUCCACCACCACCACCAGCACAAGCACAGUUAAAGUUAGGAAAAGUCAGCUCAAGGAAGUAUGUAAACAUUCCAUUGAAUAUUUUAAGGGAAUUAGUGGUGAGACCUUAAAGCUUGUGGACCGCCUCUCUGAAGAAGAAAAAAAGAUGCAGUCCGAGCUGUCCGAUGAGGAAGAAAGUACCUCAAGAAACACGUCGUUGUCCGAGACUUCCCGGGGUGGCCAGCCUUCAGUUACAUCGAAGUCUGCUAGAGAUAAGAAAACAGAGGCAGCACCUUUAAAAUCAAAGAGUGAAAAGGCCGGCAGUGAGAAAAGGAGCAGUAGAAGGACUGGUCCACAGAGUCCAUGUGAACGGACAGAUAUCAGGAUGGCAAUAGUAGCCGACCACCUGGGACUUAGUUGGACAGAACUGGCAAGGGAACUGAAUUUUUCAGUGGAUGAAAUAAAUCAAAUACGUGUGGAAAACCCCAAUUCUUUAAUUUCUCAAAGCUUCAUGUUAUUAAAAAAAUGGGUUACCAGAGACGGAAAAAAUGCCACAACUGAUGCCUUAACUGCGGUCUUGACAAAAAUUAAUCGAAUAGAUAUAGUGACACUGCUAGAAGGACCAAUAUUUGAUUAUGGAAAUAUUUCAGGCACCAGAAGUUUUGCAGAUGAGAACAAUGUUUUCCAUGACCCUGUUGAUGGUUGGCAGAAUGAGACAUCAAGUGGAAACCUAGAAUCGCCCGCUCAAGCUCGAAGAAUAACUGGUGGGUUACUAGAUCGACUGGAUGACAGCCCUGACCAGUGUAGAGAUUCCAUUACCUCAUAUCUCAAAGGAGAAACUGGAAAAUUUGAAGCAAAUGGAAGCCAUACAGAAAUCACUCCGGAAGCAAAGACAAAACCUUACUUUCCAGAAUCCCAAAAUGAUAUAGGAAAACAGAAUACUAAGGAAACUCUGAAACCAAAAAUACAUGGAUCUGGUCAUGUUGAAGAGCCAGCAUCACCACUAGCAGCAUAUCAGAAAUCUCUAGAAGAAGCCAGCAAGCUUGUAAUAGAAGAGACUAAACCCUGUGUGCCUGUCAGUAUGAAAAAGAUGAGUAGGACUUCUCCCCCAGAUGGCAAGCCAAGGCUUAACCUCCAUGAAGAAGAGGGGUCCAGUGGGUCUGAGCAAAAGCAGGGAGAAGUUUUUAAGGUGAAAGCGAAGAAAGAAAUCCGGCAUGUGGAAAAGAAGAGCCACUCGUAACAGCGAACGGAUCAUAAGUUUUUACUGCCAGUAUUGAGAAAUUCAUGGAAGAAAUGUCAGCAGGAAGUAAGAAUUCACCAAGAAGCGUGUGUAUGUUCGCUGCUUCCACACAUUAAUGGCAUGAUUUUUUUUAUGCAAAAAGAAAAGAAAAAAAACCCACCUAUUUUAAUUUAGCAUGAGCCAAUUUACAGAGCAUGGAAAUCACUUUCAUUUCCGGAUUGGCACGUGCGCAAUUAGCAAUGCAGUGUAUAUACAAGAAGCCAUGCUGUUAACAGUUUAUCUCAUGUGAUUUUGGUGUCAUUUACAAAAGGAAGAAAUUCCUGCCAUCAGAAGGAACAGAGGAGAUGAAAUGAUCAAAUCACAGAGAAACACUAAAAUUACUAAAUCUACAACAGCUCGCCUUAUUUUUCUUGGACCCAAACUGUCAGGGUAUAAACACUAUUUGUUUCUUUUUUAAAACAUCGAUAGUUUUGCUGUAAAUAAUAACACUGUAUAAAUUCUAACAAAAAUAGAAUAAAAUGUUGAUAAGGCACUGCCUCUUAGAACACAGAAUAUUGCAAAUGCAUUUAACAAAUAGGGGUCUCAAGUGACUUCACCCUAGAAGAGGAGGGAGGGGUUCUGGGUGGGUGGUGGGGGGGACUCUUCACUGACUCUUGUAUAUUAGCAAUUAUAAUGUUUGUAUAUGCAAAACUGCUAGCUUGAUUUUAAAAAAAAACAAAUCUUUAAAAUCUGCUGCAAAUUUAAAUAAUUCCCAAAAUGAGGAAUUCUGUAGUUCUGUGAAAAAAUUUUUUCUUCAGAAUACUAAUAUUUUGAUGCAUGUGUAUCACCUUAUUUUGAUUAAAUCUUUUCCAAUUUUGCAAACACUACAGUAUACUGCAACACAAAAGAUUUUAUCUGUAAACACAAAGCCCUUCAUCUAAUAUUUGUUGCUAUUGCCAAUUUUUCAAUGAAAUGACCUAAAAACAAAAAAAAUAACCUAUACGGUAGUUGCUUUAGGGGUUGGGGGGGUGCUAUCUGUUAGUGCUUAAAAGGGGGUAAAUGCUUGCCGCUUUAGAGGUGGAUGGUGCUCAUAAGAGGCCCCAGUCGGGGGUAUUUAAAAUGGACUGAACAGAAAUCCUUAGCUAGUAGAAUGGCAGCACGCUGUAAAAUUAUUACUGUAUUGUGUACUGGCUAUAAGAUGUAGACACAUUUCAGUAAGCCAAUCAUUUGUAACCAUUCUAGCAGUGUCAUAUUAGGUUAACAAGGCUGCUGUGUUUUAAAGGGCAUUUUUAUUUGGGUUUUGGUGAAAUUCUUUAAUUUGUUGAUUAUAUUCAUAUAAAAUCAGCAUUCAUUGACACAUAACUCUAAUGACAUAUGUAUGAAAAACCAUACACUGGAUGACCUAGUCGAUUAUUUAAGCAUAAAAUAAAUUGUGUUAAACUCUUCACCUA